AUGCCUAUGUUGACUAUGGAAGUAGAUGAGAAUUUUUUACAGUUCAUAAUUGUGGUGAAAACAGAGUAUUCAUGUACCAAAGAAAUCAAUAUACUUUCAGAUACCGUGGCAUAUUUCAAUAAUGCUUCACGUGGAUCCUCAUCUAAUGUGAUGUUUAAUUAUGAUGAAUCAAAUAGUGAUAUUCUUGAUCAUCAUGUCAUGAGAUAUUGCACAUGA